AUAUCUCCUUUCAUUUGAUGUUUAUAAGGCCUUCUUAUAGCGUCAUCUUUACUUUGGGAACUUGGUUUUGGGUUUUUUGCAUAUAGACCUCUGGUUUUAUCGAAGGAGAAAAACAAAUGGAGAAUCUUCCUCCAGGGUUCAGAUUCCAUCCCACAGAUGAAGAACUCAUCACUUACUAUCUUUCCCACAAGGUCUCUGAUAUCACCUUCACUUCCAAAGCUAUUGUCGAUGUUGAUCUCAAUAAAUGUGAACCUUGGGAUCUACCAGCCAAGGCAUCGAUGGGGGAGAAAGAAUGGUACUUCUUCAGCUUGAGAGACCGAAAAUACCCAACUGGGCUUCGAACGAACCGAGCUACUGAAGCAGGGUAUUGGAAAACAACAGGCAAAGACAAGGAAAUCUUCCGUGCAGGUGGCGUUCUCGUUGGGAUGAAGAAAACCCUAGUUUUCUACAAGGGAAGAGCCCCCAAGGGUGAGAAAAGUAACUGGGUCAUGCAUGAGUAUAGGCUUGAAAACAAACACCCUUUCAAAGCCUCAAAGGAGGAAUGGGUGGUGUGUAGGGUAUUCCAAAAGAGUGCAGCAGUGAAGAAACCGCAGCCAAGUUCAUCCUCACAACCCUCGCUUGGAUCUCCAUGUGAUGCAAAUUCAAUUGUGAAUGAGUUUGGAGACGUUGAGCUACCAAACUUGAACAUCAAUGCCAACCCAUCGUGUGGGUUCAACGACAUUGCAACACCUAGUUACAGUAAUACUGUUAACCAUGGCCAUAUGAACGCCAUGAACUUAAACCUGGAUUUCGGAGCAGCUAGCCUUCCAUCGUCGCUUUCAUGGCCUUCUAGCAUUUUAAGCCCUAAUCUUUCCAUGAAUUCCUUUCUCUUUAAGGCGUUGCAGCUUAGGAAUUAUCAACCAAGAGAUGUUUCAGGUAUGGAUUAUUCGAUUCUAUCGUCGACACAAGGGAUUAAUAUUCCUCCAUUUGGAACAGAUCUAGCUUCUAAUUUCCAAGGCGCGGUGGCUUCUUCUUCUAAGGUCGUAGUUCCUAUGCCUCAACAACAACAACAACAACAGGAGCAACCAUUCAAUAUGGACUCCCUGUGGUGAAAAUUAUAAUCUAAAGUGUGAAAAAACUAACACAUUUACACUUGUUUUCCGUCUCAAAAUCUCAAUAUUCUAUGUGACAUGAAAGGGUUGAUUAAGAUGAAAACAAUCUCAAUGCUGUAAUGUGCAUGCAGUUACCGAGUAUCGAUCUUAAUUACUAUGUUUAUGUACGUAGGUAAAUGUGGGGGAAAGAAAUACCCUAGUGAUCUCCUGUUCUAUAUGUUAUCUUUUCUAGAAGUAGAAUGCUCCUCAUAGCUAGGUUGCUAGCAUACCUUUUCCAUCGGAAAGUACUGAUCAAUGUCCUGUCCAUAAAUUCCAAUUUCUAUAAUAAGAAAUCUUGCUCUCUUUCGGCCUA